AUGCGUUUCAAGUGCUUUUCCAAAUUAUGUAAUGUUAUAAUAUUAGAUCCUUAUUUUGCUGACAUCCAUCAAAGUCGCUCUAUAUCUCGUCCUGAUCAUAGGACCAAAUUAUUGCUACGGUGCCAAGGAAACAUUUACACCAUAGACUCGAAUUCGAGACAACCCAAAGCCUGCAUCCUUCCUCCACUUGAGAAAUUGGACGGCCUUAACUAUCCAAAAUUUGAGUACGCUAAAGGUGUGUUCUGCUUAUGGAGUUCGUGUAAUCACACUGCUGUUAUUUGCAAUCCUAGUACAGGAGAAGUCAGAUUUCUUCCUCACCUGAGCAAAGUUGGUGAAGAUUUACGUACUUAUCUUUGUUAUUGUUCAAUAGGUUUUGACCCAAAUAAAAGGAGGCAUAAAAUUUUGAUGACACUUUAUGAUACAGCAAAUAAGUCAACAAGACUGGGUUUUCACUUUAUAGGCCUAGAUGAAUCAUGGAGAGAGAUCAAAAGCAUACCGUAUUUUAAGCCAUUAAUGAUGGAAGGAGUUUACAUCGAUGAAGCUGUCUACUUCUUUGGUGCUUUCGCCAACAGUUCAAGAAUCAACAUAGUGGAGUUUAAUGUUAGAACUGAAGAAAUCAGAACUAUCUCAUUGUGGUAUGAUAAAGAAAUCCGGACUGACAUAGAACUAUAUUUUAACCUCGUAGAAAUUGAGGGCAAACUAGCAGCCAUUGAUUCAAGAUCGAACGGAAUACAAAUUUGGAUUUUACGAAGUCCUGAAACAGAAGAAUGGAUUGAUUGGCUUGACAUCACAUUCAAGAAAAACUAA